CUGCAAAUUCCUGUCCUCACGCUAAUCUCGCACACUUGUAAUGAGGAACUUCCCGUUUCUAUCCAGUCUGGUUGACAGAGCCAUAGAUACUUUAUAAAUCUGCGCUCUUCACCCGACGAUCAUCGGUUGUGUUCACCGGGGGUGAUUACGGUAGGCUCUGGGUCACAUUCAACCAGUGCCACGCUGAUUGAAUGUGCAGUACAAUGUGGUUCCUCAACGUUGAAUAGCAUCUUGAGUUCUUCUUCUGUUCUUUUUGAUACUGGAAGUUUUUAGGUUUCAUUGGCGGUGUCCACUUUCGUUUGUUUCAUUGUUGACGCAAAUUCUUACUGCCGAUCGUGGAUAGAGAUGCAAUUGUUUCCAGAUGACAGGAAGCCAGAGUCAAUUGUGCAGGAGGGAUUUUUGUCGAUAAGCAUAUCAGGCAAAUUCUUGUAAUAAUCUGCUUCCUUAGUAGCGCAUGCAAUGGCAGAACAUGUGAUACUCAUUCCGAAUUCAAGAUAUGUUAUUCUCGCAGCAAUGGUGGUGCUUCUCAGCAGCAUGCCAGAUCCAUGUCAUGGGCAGUCAUGGUGGUCAUGGGCGUCAAGUCCGCCUUCUCCCUCUGCUUCGACAAAUUCAUCGACUGCCACUCCGCCUUCGCCCUUAUACACCAGUCCAGCACCUCCGCCAUCGCCCAGUGCCCCAACCACGCCUGCCACGCCACCGUCUCCCACCUUCAGCGUCCCAAGCACGCCUGCUGCUCCACCUUCACCCACCUUCGGCGUCCCAACAACUCCAUCGACUCUACCAUCCAGUGCGCCAACAACAAGCUCCACCACGAGUACCACACUCAUUGUGAUGACAACUUCGUUUUUUUUUGGGCCCGAAACCAUCUACACGUCCGUGCAAGACGCGAUUGAUGCAGUGCCAGAAAACAACACUGACUUGUAUACCAUUGAGAUUCUCUCUGGCACGUACACGGAGAAAGUGUCGAUUCCAGCCACAAAGCCAUUUAUUACACUUCAAGGAGCUGGAAGAAAUAAUACUAUAAUCUCAUACAACGAUACUGCUAAUAGCACAGGCUCUACCAUGAAGAGUGCCACCUUCACUGUAUUCGCUGCCAAUUUCACUGCUCGGAACGUCACCUUCCAGAAUUCGGCGCCACAUGCUGUAGCAGGGGAAACUGGUGCCCAAGCAGUUGCGUUGCGCAUUGCAGGAGAUAUGGCGGCCUUCUAUGGCUGCGGCUUCAUAAGCUCGCAAGAUACCAUCUGCGAUGAAGAAGGUCGUCACUACUUCCGGGACUGCUACGUUGAGGGGAACAUCGACAUCAUCUGGGGCAAUGGACAAUCACUGUACGAGUAUACCCAAAUCCAGUCCACCGCAAAUAAUAGCAGUGGGAGCAUCACGGCACAGGGUCGCGCUUCAGACAAGGAAACAACAGGCUUUACAUUCGUUGGUGGUUCCAUUACCGGCACUGGUGAUAAUAUUCUUGGCCGCGCUUAUGGCUUGUACUCGCGUGUGUUUUUUAUUGACACGUACAUGGAAGACAUAAUCAAUCCGGUGGGUUGGAGCGAUUGGCCGACGGUAACCGCCUCAAAAGGACAUGAGCAUUACGGUGAAUAUGGAAACACUGGCCCAGGUGCGAACUUAACUGGUCGGGUUAGCUGGAUGGUAAAAUUAACCGAAGCUGAGGCUGCCAACUUCUCAAGCUUGAGCUUUAUUGAUGGAUCAUUAUGGCUCUCUUCGCAGACAUGACCCGACGGCACUGACUCAUCUUCAACUAUUGCCUACUGCUUGAUUAUCUCCAAAUCUUUGUGUACCAAGUGACGUUUACCAAUUUAGCCUCCACAGCAUGCGACCAAGUUGAUUUAGUGAGGAAGACUUGAAAUGCUGCUCAAUCCACCUACCGCUACCUUGUAAAAAUAUUCAAAUCUAGAGCUAUGACCUUGUGUGCUAGAUCUUUCAAAAGACACAAAGAUAAUAGACUUGCAUGGGGAUGCCGCCUGGCGUGGGAAGGAAACCUUGACGUGAUCCACAUGGCUCAUCCUUCACUGGAACAUGCACAAGGGUACAUAGCCCCCGAAACUGGCACCGCAUUCUGAGUUUUGACACAGUUUAGAGAUAGCGGUUGAUACCUUCCAAAUUGUGGAAUCAUCCUCGCUAAAUGAUGAUUUGAAGAACAUGUAACCGUCUUGAACCACAUGGAAUGCAAUCCUUACGAACUGUGGGAUCUACACUCACUGCAAGCAUUCCUUA